GGACCACGUGUGUGUUGCCCCAAGGGCAACGAAUAAUUUCUCGGUUAAAAGAGUCAGUCUCUGCCGUGUCAGGGGGCCUGACACGGGGGGGUGCGAUUAGUAAUUCGCCUCUCACUCUGCUCAGCAAUGGCGGCUUUGACAGUACCAGACAACCUAACCAGAGACCAAUACCUCUACCUGGCCAAACUCGCCGAGCAAGCCGAGCGCUAUGAGGAAAUGGUCAAGUACAUGGAAAACCUCGUCCUCAUCUCCACCCCCGCCGCCGAGCUCACCGUCGAGGAGCGCAACCUCCUCUACGUCGCCUACAAGAACGUCAUCGGCUCCCUCCGCGCCGCCUGGCGCAUCGUCUCCUCCAUCGAGCAGAAGGAGGAGUCGCGCAAGAACGAGGACCACGUCGCCCUUGUCAAGGGCUACCGGUCCAAGGUCGAGUCCGAGCUCUCCUCGAUAUGCGCCGGGAUACUCAAGCUGCUCGAGUCAAACCUCGUGCCGUCGGCCUCCGCCGGCGAGUCGAAGGUGUUCUAUCUGAAGAUGAAGGGCGAUUACCAUCGGUAUAUGGCGGAGUUCAAGGUUGGGGACGAGCGGAAGGAGGCUGCGGAGGACACCAUGAACUCUUACAAGGCUGCUCAGGAUAUUGCACUGGCUGAUCUGGCUCCUACACAUCCAAUAAGGCUGGGGCUUGCCCUCAAUUUCUCAGUGUUCUACUAUGAGAUUCUAAAUUCAUCUGAUAAAGCUUGCAGUAUGGCAAAACAGGCAUUUGAGGAAGCAGUAGCUGAACUUGAUACUUUAGGUGAGGAAUCGUACAAGGACAGCACCCUCAUCAUGCAACUGCUAAGGGACAAUCUCACUCUUUGGACUUCGGACAUGCAGGACCAGAUAGAGGAGUCCUAAAGAUCUUCAAGUUGAAGGGUUUUUAUCUUCUUUGAGAAGAGGAUGCUCUUUUGGAAGUACGCUAUAUUUGCCUUUUCCUGCAUCUGAUGGCAGUUCAUUUUGACUGCUUUCCCCCCCUCACACUACGGCUCUAUGGUAGAAAAAUUAGCCCCAACACUGACAGACUGAACGGUAAUGGUCUCUACAUGAUGCUUUGGCUCGAUUUCAAAAAGCUAUAUUGUGUAUCUGAUAAACUGUUAAGUUUAGCCGUCGGCGUUUCAGUGGCUAGGUGUUCUGGAUAUAUACCCUGAAUAUGAAGGAACUUCAGACUUUCGGUGCA